AUGUCUAGCAACCGCAAGAUCGGAGGCUUCAAGGCCACCAUCAACAACCCCAACACCUCCGAGGAGGCAAAGGAGCACGCACGCCAGCAGAUCGGCGAGCUCGAUGGCGAGUCUGAGCUCACGGACGCGCCGAACAGUGGCAACACCGGCCGCCACGAAGGCAAUGAAGGCAAGGACGAGACCCGCCAGAACGCUGGCUUCAAAGGUGUCCUGAAGAACCCCAACGUCGGUGAAGAGGCCAAGAAGCACGCUAAGGAGGUUCUGAAGGAGCGCGGCGCUAUGUAA